GACACCAGCGCAUCCUAGCUGCGGCACUUCCCGCGGUGUCCUCCUUCCUGCCGCGCGCUUGAGCGUCUCUCCUUACCAACUCUUCGUCGUUCCACCCCCUGGUAUAGUCUUGGACCGCGCUUCCAAUCCGAUCUGUCUAGAGAAAUGGACUCGGACGACUUCAUGGGCGACGCCUCCGCGCUGUACAACGACACCGUCGACCUGACCGACGACGGCGGCGAGAUUCACUACGGGCCGCUGGUCCUGACGGUCGCACCGAAGGAAGGCAAGGCGAACACGCUCCUCGCGGACCACCUCUUCUCGCCCUCGAUCCUCCUCGCAGAGCGCAUCGAGCGCGGGCUCAUCCCGCUCGAAGGCAAGACCGUCGUCGAGCUCGGCGCAGGGUGCGCGCUGCCGUCUCUCCUCGCGUCCACGCUCGCGAAGCCGCCCGCACUCGUCGUGAUCACGGACUACCCCGACGACACGAUCCUCGGGAACCUCAAACAGAACGUACGGAGGAACGCGUACCGCGCCGCGCCCGGGUGCGCCGUGCACUGCCGGGGCUACGAAUGGGGCCGGGAUUCCAGCCCGCUACUAUCCCUCCUCCCGGACCCGGAAGCCGGCUUCGACGUCGUGAUCCUCUCCGACCUCCUCCACUUCGACGGGUCGCACGGCGUGCUCCUCGCCGCGCUCGCCGCGCUCCUCCGCAGGUCCCCCACCGCCCGCGCGUACGUCGCAGCGGGGAAGUACACGCUGCCCGUGCACUGCGCGCACUUCGUGCGCAUCGCGGCGGACGCGGGGAUCGUGCUGGAGGAGGGCACGGACCCAGCGGAGGGCGAGGGGGGCGUGUGGCGCGGGGUGAUGGAGGUGCGCGGGGGAGGCUUGGACCGGGCGCAGCUCGGGGUGAGGAAAGGGAUGUGUCGGUGGUGGGUGGGGCGCUGGGCGGACCCGGACGGGGCCAGUGCGUGA